CACCCAGCCCUUAAAUCUGAUACCUCACAUCCCACCUACAUAUAACUUAGCGCCAAGCUAUUAUUAAACUUUUUGACUAACCCCCAUGAGUCACGUGCCACUUCCUUUACUUAUUUAGGCUCGCCGCGGGGCACGACCGGUCUAACGACCACAACCACCACAUUCAUCGACCCCAACAACAACAACAACCACAUCACUCCCAACUUCUACAGAUACAGAACAGAUAUACAACAGCAAAAAUGGAUGACUGGGACACCGUCACGAAGAUCGGGAGCAAGACUCGUGGUGCUGGGGGCGCGCAGAGGGAGACGGUCAUUAGAGGGAAGGCGGCGCUGAACCAGGCGCAGAGGAGUGGUGCGGUUUUGGGGACGGAGAAGAAGUUUGCUACUGGGAAUACUUCCGGCGGCGGCGAAGGCCAACGCCUCACCAAAGUCGACCGCAGCGACGAGAUCGUCAAGCCCAACACGGUCGGCAAAGAAGUCGGCUCCGUCAUCUCCGACCAGCGCCAGAAAAUGGAGCCCAAGAUGACUCAAAAAGACCUCGCGACAAAGUGCAACACUACCGCGUCCAUUAUCGCUGAUUUUGAGCGCGGGAGUGCGGCGCCGGAUCAGAAGAUUCUGGGGUCCAUGGAGAAGGUGCUCGGGAUUAAGUUGAGGGGGGCGAAUAUUGGGGCGCCGAGGUUUGGGCCAAAGAAGUAGGGGAGGCGGGUGUGAGAAUUGGUGGGCACGCACGCGCUGGUGAUGGUGCGAGCGUCAGGAUACGCGUGGGGAGUGGCGUUGAGCUGAUGGCUUUGCCUGUGGAGCCCGCGUGGAUGGGCUGGGGGUUGAGGGAAUUGAUGAAUCGCCAUGAUGGAUAUGAGGGAGGGAUGAAUCGGAAGUUUUUGCCUUUGGUGAUUUCAGGCGCGAGCGCGAGGAGGCUAGAAGCAUAGAUUAGAAACUCAUUUUACGUUGUCCACCACCAAGUUUUCCAUCGCCUUGCCUUCCCACGUGAAUCUCCAAAACCAAGACUGUUUAGUCGCCCACGAAGAUUUAUAAUUGCCAGGCUCUAUCACGUACGUACAGUAUAUGUCACUUCAUUUCUCAGGACCAG